AUGCAUACUGGCCUUGAAGAAUAUGAACGCACGAUUCAGCUGCCCGUCGACGUUGCUGGCCGCGGAGUCUCAUUUUUUGAGGCGGAAGGUCUUGGGACGGGCGGUCUUCGCCGCGUUGAGGAAAUGAAAAGGGAGUGCGCAGGAUGCAAUUCCCCCCCAUGUUGCGGAAGAAAUGCGGAGCUUUCCCCUGCUACUACUCCAAUUAUAAAUCGUCAGAACAAAGGCCAAAACGUGGCGGAUUGGGACAAACUUUUUCAGCUUGAAAGCGAGUUGCAAUGUAUUGGUGAGGAAGCGGGGGCUUUUCUUCCUGGGUUAGGUCGCUCUUCGGUGUUGGAGACUUCUGUCGGCUCCGUGGAGGAUACUCUCGAACUGGGAGAGGCUCUGCAGAUGCUGGAGUGUAGGCUGAAUAGUAUUGCGGCGGAGUGCUGUGGUGUGGGUAAGGAGAGGCCGUUCCUUAGCAGGGAGGCGGUUCAAAAAGCAACUGAGUGCAGCAGCGCCUUGACGGCUUACCGUGGGAUAGCCGCUGCUGCGGAAUCGAUGACGAAAUUUGUCACCGGCAUCUUCAACUGCAAGGCUUUUUUGCCCUCUAAAACAUGUGCGCUGAAGCGGGCCGAGGAGGUUUCAAUGCUAUUGGAUGACAUGGAAAAACUUAUGGACUCGCUGGAGACGGGGGUAGACACACUGCGGGAGGUGUCAGAGGCGAAAUUAGACGCUUUGAAGCGUGGUUUGGAUCUUCUUUCAGAAUGA